AUGAAAGUCCUUCUAGUUAUUGCCGUGUUUAUAACAUUGUGUGCUGGCAGUGCCAUACCCUUGGUUCCUGGUGAUAAUUAAUUAGAGAUUUAAAGCAAUUACAUAGAGGGUGAGAGCCGCUACAUUUGGAUGCCGGAUGGAGAGGGUGUGCCGAGACUAGUAGACUUAAAAGAGCCUGUAGAUGAAAUUCCGCCCAAUACUCGUCGUGGUGCCAAUAAUCAAUACUGGCUUUUAACCAGGCAAAACCCUACCAUUUAUCAAAUUUUGGAAGAUGGUGAUGUCAACUCUAUUCUAAACUCUUAUUACGACGGUAGCAGACCUUUAGUAGUUGUUGUACAUGGGUGGAUUGACAAUGCAUAUACCGUACUAUCUAUGGGACAUACUUUUCUUGCCGUAUACGAUGUUAACGUCAUCGCAGUGGACUGGCGUACUGUCGCUAAUUUAAAUUAUGUUACUGCCGUUAAUGGCGUUCCUGAAGUAGGUCAAUUUCUUGGCAACUUUGUCAACUGGCUUAUUGAGACUGUUGGAGGGAAUUGGAACAAUGUGCACUUGAUAGGAAUUAGUUUGGGCGCUCAUGUUGUGGGCAGUGCAGGCCUGCAGGUUGGAGGACGAUCAGCUCGUGUUACUGGUAUAGAUCCAGCAGGUCCUUUAUGGAGUGGAAAUCCUAACGCUCUGAACGCAAGUGCAGCACAAUACGUUGAAGGAAUUCAUACUGAUGGCGGUCGUCUUGGUAUAUUUGAUCCAAUUGGAGACGCUGAUUUCUACCCCAAUGGGGGCAGGCAUCCACAACCUGGCUGCUUGACAAUCGUAUGCUCUCACGGUCGCUCAUUUACACUGUUCGCAUCCAGUGUUAUUACUGAUCACUUACAAGGAAGAUCGUGCACCGGUAUUGAACAAGCUGAAAAUGUACAGUGCAGCGGUACCGUAUUCAACAUGGGCAAUGGCAUUUUCACUAAGAGAGGAGCUGGCAUUUACGGAUUAACUACUGAGGAUUCGUGGCCUUAUUAG